UCAUUUGUGUCCGUUUAAUUCUAAACUUAAUUGUCAUUUUAUUAGAUAUAUGUAUUGAGAAACUGUCAGUUGUGGUCUGGCGCCUCCCUAGUUUGUUGGACAUUCACACACACAAGAACUUCCUGUUUACGUCAUGACGUGGGAGCGUACCGAAACGCUCGAGCGAUAUUUAUAUUGGAGCCUGUUGUAGUUUCAGAUAAUGAACUACAUUGUUUUAUUCGGAUCGGAGCUUUCUCCUGGUCUUUCCUCUCCAUAAAGACAUUAAAAGGUUAGAUUCGCGGCUGAACUGCUUUGUAUUAGGAAUAAAAGUUCAAAGAGAGAAAGCCCUAUUUUCUCUCGCGCGUUCUUCUAUCCGGCCGUUUCCACAGGAUUAUAUUGUACACCGGACAGGAGAAAUGCUUUUUUUGUAAGCUAAGCUGUUGUUGUUUUUGUUUGUGUGUCGAAAGAGAUAUCUCGUUAUUUGCAUUCUGGGAUAUGGCGGAAGCGAGAGUGGAGGAUGAAGAGGAAAGUUUGAGAGAGUCGCGAGAGGCCGGCGGCGCGAGGAGAAACCCGCGAGCGCCUACUGCGGCUUCAGAUCGAGCAGAUAGGAACAAGCCUGAACACCGCCAGUCCAGCACUCAAGGCGCACUCUCGUCGAUCCGGGCGGUGAUAAAAAGGACGUCCACCAGAACAGCUGGUCCGACCGACCAAAACCGAGAGAGGCGGCGUCCAGAGAUCACCAUCGUUGCAGCUGAACCCCUGGCUACAAACUCCUGGUUCCCAGGGGCAUCUGGGGCAUUUCCCCCUGCACCACCCCCUGCUCAGCCAUCUUGGACUGGUUCUGUUGUGGUACAUCUUCCCCCACCUUCGUACGAACAGGUCAUUAGAGAAAAAAGUCGGGAGCAGAAUACCCAGGCUUCCCCGGUCUCUUCUUCCUCAUCACCCUCCUCCUCAUUAUCAUCCUCAUCAUCCUCUUCAUCUUCUGCUCUUCGUCAUACUUCCACCAUCGCCACGCAGACCGAUCCAGAGGUUUCUGAGCCACAGAGCUGUACCAGACCCUCGAUGCGCCGGCCCCCAAAACCACCUCGUCCGCCCUUCCCACUCACUCAUAAACCUGCCGAGCCGGUACUCACACACACGCACUCUUUGAUUGAACUGGAUGAGCCUGAUCCACCCUGUUCCACACACACUCCAACACACCCUCCUAGUGGCAAGCAGUGUGGAGUUCAGACUGACUUCACUCAUGCACUGGAACCCUUGACUCCCAUCUCUCCCGACUCCUCCUACAUUACCCAUAAUUCUCAGUCACAGGACCCAGUUAAACAGGAGGUUUCAGCACGCCCCAGGCCACUCCCUCGCUCCAAAGCUUUACUGCAGUCCGUGAUUAAAGAGGAGCCUCGGGAUCAACCAAUAACAACAGAGGUCAAAGUUCAGACCUUGGUGCGCCUUAAAGACAAUGGCACAGAGAGUGUUUUUGCUGGCUUUACUGACACUCCUUCAGACAUUGCAUCCAAUAAGUAUCUCCAGGACCUGUUAGACGUCUUCGGUUGUGAGCAACAAGACUUCCAAAGCGACCAACGUGAUGACAGUGACCAAAGUGAGAAGAGCGACGAAGAGGAAAGUGUCUUUUUUAAAAGCUGCUUGGUUUCCACCGUCUCGUCUGAACCUUUGGAAACCAUAACGAGACCAGAACCACGUCCACGAACCCAGAAUCCCAAACCAGCCAUCACCGCGAAACCGUGUGACCCAACACAGAGUGUGGAGGAGAGCAAAAUUUCUUCAGAAGAACAAAAUAAGCCAUCAGUUCAUCCAGUCCCUGCUCCCAGACCCCUGGUGAAAAAAUCAUCCAUGCCCCAGCAGCAAGGCUUCUCAGAGGAGAAAACCGAGCUCUGUCGACUCCGUCCACCCCCCAGACCUCCGUUAGCUGCGCGUAAGUCUGGAGCUCCCACCCAGGAAGAUGGAGCUCAGCCUGCAGAAGUGCCCUUUGACCCCUCUGGAAAGAGAAGUUCAGGAGAUCAGGACUCAACUACAGCUGGGAAGCCUGUAGCAGUUACAUCCUCCAGCAGAGGCAGGGGAAAGUGUCCAGCUAAGCCCCCAUUCCCGAGGAGGCUUCCGUCCGGAAAACGCACUCCUGCACAGGAUGCUAUCAGUGCUGUAAGCGUUAGCAAAUCUGGCCCAUCACUACCACAUCAAGCCAGUGAGGGUAGGCUGCUUCCUCUGCGUCCUCCUCCAGUCAAAUCGAGCAAAUCGACGGGUUCCUCCCUGACUCCUGCUACAACCAAUCAGAACUCGGGUAACAGGGGAGUCAAACGAGCACCUCCACUGCCACCGAGACCAAAGCCUGGGCAUCCUCUCUACAGAGAGUACACAAGCAAAAUCCCUCAAGGAAACGCGAAAGUAAACCUCCCUAGCAGUGAUCCUGAAGAAUCCUACCUUCAGAAAGAGAAGCUUGUUGUUGUUCUUGACGACACGACGGGACCAACAGACACACCAGGCUUCCCAGGAGGUGUGGAAGGUCAAUGUGAGGACUCGGUGUCUGAAGAACCCAUCUCUCGGAAGAGUCUGGAUCUGAAGGAGGAGUCACUGACUGAGGAGCAGCAGCCGGAGACGAACACCAGUGUCAGGUAUAAAGCCCGCUUUGCGUUCGAGGGCGAGGACACUGAGCUGACGUUCUGUGACGGUGAUGUCAUCACGUUAACAGAAUACGUCAACGACGAGUGGGGGCGCGGCAGCUUUAAUGGACGCACGGGGCUCUUCCCUUUGAGUUUUGUUCAGCUUGUUCAGGAAAGUCCAGCAAGGAAUCUGACACCCGAGUCACCUGCAUCUGCGCUGUGCGUAGGAGAAGGGCAGACAGGCCGAGUUCUGUAUGAUUUCACUCCUGAGUCUGAGGAUGAACUCCUUCUCAAGGUUGGGGACGUGGUGUCCUCCCUGGAGGAGGUGGAUGAGGAAUGGUUUGUAGGAGAAAUCGCCGGCCGACGCGGCAUCGUCCCGAAAACUUACAUCCAGGUGCUCUGAAACACGGUCAGGAUCGACACAGAGAAGUGUUUUGUUUACGCACGGAAAGUAAAAAACGUCAUCGUUCGUGUGUAUUCGAUGGCCUCGGUCUCCUGCUACUUAAACAAACUCCAACACAAUCAAAUGUACCUCUGUAGUAAACAUCACUCACGCACUCACUCACUCACUGGUUUGUCUUUUAAUGUUUUCAUCCUCUAGACCUGUUCUGUUCUGCGCUGCUUAUCCAUUCACUGUCAUCCCAAAGCCAAACGAUGAUACUGUAGUGUUGUGUCGGAGUUGAUUUAACUGGACUGUGAAGAGGGCCUGAGAUUUGACAGACUAACACUAUUCGAGUUUUAAAAGCUUUUACUUUUACUGUUUUUUGGGGUUUUUUUUUUUUUUUUUGGUAAUGUGCACAGGAUACUUUUUGAUGUAGGUUAUGUCUACUGUACUGAAUGACACUGUGAACAGCGAUCUCCCACUGAAACGCCUUUAUCGUCUGGGACUUUGCUUAAUCUGUGGGGGAAAUGACGACGUCAAGGAGCCUUAACACAAAAUAAAUCCAGAUGAAUUAUUAUAAAGAUGGUCUGUGUAAACUGAAUAUUAAAUAACAGAGACACGAGUUCAUUCGUCUUUGUCUGAGCAAAAUCUUAAAAGUUCACACCCACAUAUCAUCACUGCAUGUUUUGUGGCUGAAAUGACCAGAAUUUCACAUGGUCAAAUUGUGGUGUUUUUUUUUUUUUUUUUGUUGUUGUUUGUGCUGUUUAUAGUUUUAAAAACUACAUGCUUCCCUGAAAUCUUUUUGCACGUAUCUCAAUCAUAAAGUUUUAAAAUAUGGUUUUGUUAAACUGUCUCCUUAUACAGCAUGAUCUUUGCAGGAAUAUACUCUAGGUAUGAUUUAAAAAAGUCAUGAAGUUUUGAGUAAAUAUAUUUAUGAUUUCUUAAUGUUUAGGUAUCAAAAGGUUGUAGGCAGAAAAACACAGACCCCCCCCCCCAUACUUUUUAGGCUUGUUUGACAUCCAGUGGCUGUUUUUUAAUAUAAUUAAUAUAUUUGGUUGAUUUUUAAAUAAACAUUCCAUACACUAUAUUGGUUUGUUUUCCCAGUAUAUCAGCUAGGGUUAGAUUAAGGAUUGUGUAAACUGAGUACAUACAAUAUAUGGGCACUAUACUGAUACACUUGUACCCUCAAAGGUAGAAAAUAUAUAUAUAUAUAUUAUAUAAUCUCUCUUUAAACAUGUUCAUCUACACAUACACCGAUGAGUCGUAAUAUUACAACCACCGAGAGGCGACGUGAAUAACAUGGAUUCUCUCGUUACGAUGGCACCGGUCAAGUGGCGGGAUAUGUUAGGCAGCAAGUGAAUAGUGAGUUCACUGCCGAAAGAGCCUACAAUGGACACGUGAGCAUCAGAACUGGACCAUGGAGCAAUGGAAGAAGGUGGCCUGGUCUGAUGAAUCACGUUUUCUUUUACGUCAUGUGGACGGCCGGGUGCAUGUGUCGCUUACCUGGCACCAGGGUGCUCUAUGGGAAGAAGGCAAGCCUGGUGGAGGAAGUGUGAUGCUCUGCGCAAUGUUCUGCUGGGAAACCCUGGGUCCUUGCAAUCAUGUGGACGUUACUUUGACACGUACCACCUACCUAAACAUUGUUACAGACCAAGUACACUCCAUUCAUUGCAACGGUAUUCCUUAAUGGCAGUGCCCUCUUUCAGCAGGAUAAUGCGCCCUGGGACACUGCAACAAAAUUGUUCAGGAACGGUUUGAGGAACAUGAAGAGUUUGUGGUGUUGACUCGGUCUCCAAAUUCCCCAGAUCUCAAUCCGAUCAAGCAUCUGUGGGACUGGCUGGACAAACAAGUUUUGCAAGUGUUUUAACACGUUUUGUAAUGCCAGCUUUUCCACUAUGUUUCUUUGUUCACCAACAUGUUCCACAAGCUUCAUUUAAGGCAACCAUGACUUUGUCAGAUCUUGUGGAAACCACCUUUUCAGCUACAGUAACUUGUCAAAA